GGUCGGUUGUCUUUGGUGCGAUGGCCAAAGGAAGCACGAAAGGGGGCGGCAAUGGCGGGGCGAACAAUGCGAAGGAGAUGAAGAUGUUUUUGAAGAAUCGCAUGUGGCGGGAGCACUGGCAAGUCAUUGCAGGAUCCUUAGUCAUCAUCGUGGCGCUCUUCGGUUGGUUCUUCCUUCAGGCUGCGACGUCGACCCGAAGUGUGCACUUCAUUCAAUUGAGCGAGCCUGCAGACGUCCACCGCGUGUUUCGAUCGGGCGAGCCGUGGCUCGUGCUGUGCUCGAGACCAGAUGCCAUUCUCCCCGAAGUCUUUGAGAAGGCAACCAAGCGCUUGGAGGGAAAAAUUCACGUGGGCGUGGUCGACUGCCACGACAAGCUUCCAUCCGGCAAGUCAGUGUUCAAGAAGUUUCUCCUCCGAGACGACAUCGUGCCCACCAUCUUUACGAUCGCGAAUGGAGGCAAGCCCAAGCAACUGUUUCUGAAUUACCUCCAUAAACCCAAGGCCCUCGCCGCGCAAACCCUGGUCCAAGUCCAGAAAUCGCUGCAUGAAGUCCAAUCCACCAAGCAACUCGACGACAAGUGUCUCAAGGCAUCGACAGCUUGCGUGUUGAUCCAUCGCGCUGGCAAGCAAAAGUUUGACGAGUACCAGAAGCAGUGGCUCCAAGCCCUCAUGCACGAGCAUCGCCUGGUCAAGUUUGUGUGGAUGGAUGCGUCCAUCUUGAAGCUGUCGGUGGACUCGUUGUUCAAGAAGCCCAUCACGGAUAGCUCCCACCAUCGCCUCGUUCUCUUUAAAAAGGCAACCAACCGCGGCGCUUCAUCUCAGUGGACCGCCAAGGCAUACACGUCGUACUUUGAUCAGCUGCCAGUACAAGCCUUCUUGAACGAGUAUGCCACCGCCCCAGUACCGUCCGAGUCGUUUCGAACGUUGACCAAACAAGUGACAGUGACCCGCCGCGCCAAAAAAGUACAACCUGCGCCGCCAUCACGCACGCCGCAACAAGUCGCCGAGCUCGAACGACUGCGCCGAGAACGCAUGGAAGAAGAGAGCAAAGAGCAUUUCCCCCAAGGGGUUGACGAGGAUGGCAGUGACGCCCACCCUACGGCCGACGACAACGACGAAGAAGAAGAAGAGGUGUUGGAUUUGGACGAGUUGUAACCAACUGGUUAGAGUAUUGUCCUUUGUACUGAUUCGCCAAAUCUAUUGAUCGAUGCUUUGCAUUGACAUUUGAAAGUUGUCCUGUGGUGGUUAUAAUCACACUAAAUUCAGUCAUACACUAAUUAAAUGUUGAUAAUGGUGUCCUGCAA